AUGGCCUCUCCAGCUCAGUACAACUUCGACUGGGUCGUGAAGGACGACUACUCCGCCAACGACUACGGCCACCAGGAGUCCCGCGACGGAUACAACACACAGGGAUCCUACUACGUGCAGCUUCCCGACGGUCGCCUGCAGAAGGUCACCUACCACGUGGACGGCGACUCAGGCUACGUGGCUGAGGUCAGCUACGAGGGACAUGCUCAAUACCAAGCCCACCAACCUUCCUACCAUCCUACACCUGCAUACCAUCCUACCCCUUCAUACCACACCACCCCUUCCUACCAUCUUACACCUUCAUAUAGACCUACUCCUUCUUACAGGCCAAGACCUCAUCACUGAAAAGCUAAUUUGUAAAAGAUAUAUAGCAUAUUCAUAUUCACUAUUUUUGUAUGUAUUA